AUGACGCACGGAGGUAUACAAACAAAUGUGAAGAAUACGGUGUCUAUCAGUGUUGCACUGAUAGAGCAGGGGAGAAAAAAAAAGACGGCGAACGAAACAAUGGCAGCCGAAGGAGGUCUGAAGCUGCUCGGCUUGACGGUGAGCCCGUUCGUGAUCCGUGUACGCAUGGCGCUGCAGAUGAAAGGCGUCGGCUACGAGUACGUGGAGCAGGACCUGUUCACCAAGGGCGAGCUCCUCCGCAAGUCCAACCCGGUGCACAUGAAGGUCCCGGUGCUCAUCCACGACGGCAGACCCGUCUGCGAGUCGCUGGCCAUCGUGCAGUACGUCGACGAGGCCUGGGCGGCCGCGGGCCCCUCGAUCCUCCCCGCCGACCCCUACGACCGCGCCGCCGCUCGCUUCUGGGCCGCCUACGCCGACAGCAAGCUCUUGCCGGCGUGGGUAGGCAUCAUGUGGGCGGAGACGGAGGAGGAGAGGGCGGAGAAGGUCGGCGACACGCUCGCGGCUAUCGGCCAGUUGGAGGAGGCGUUCGGGACGUGCUCGAACGGUAAGGCCUUCUUCGCCGGCGACUCCGUCGGGUACCUAGAUCUCGUCGUCGGCUCGCAGUUGCUCUGGUUCGAGGUGCUGCGGAAGAUGUUCGGCGUCGUGGUCGUUGAGGUCGGCAGGGCUCCGCUCUUGGCCGCGUGGGUGGAGCGGUUUGGGGAGACUGAUACGGCCAAGGAGGUGGUGCCGGACGUUGACACGGCGGUGGAGUACCUCAAGAAGCUUCAGUCUCGCCGGGCUGGUUCCACGGUUGCCCAGCUGCUGUCGUGA